AUGUACUAUAAUCUUCUUGUUGAAGAAAAACUUGAUAUUUUAAAAUGCCUAAAUUUUAAACAAUUAAUAUCCUUUCAACAAACAAAUAUCCAUUUUAAAGCUUUGAUUGAUCGAUAUAUUGGAAUAUUGGCAAAACAAAAAUUCAGCCAUAUAUCUUUAAUUAAUCUCAACGAAUGUUCAAAAUUGUGUAAAAGAAUUGAGUUAGGUUCUAGUGAAAUUAAAUUGGAUGAGGAAAUUUUGGAAAAAUGGCAAUCUAUAGAAGACAGGCAAAUCCCUUUGUAUUUGUGUACUGAAAGGUUGAAACAUUGCAAACAGAAUAUAGUUAUUCGUUUAAUGGGAGAAGGUAGGGAAAAUCUUAAAAAAAUUCUUUAUGUUUUUUCAGAUUCUUUUUCAUUUUUACUUCUAAAACUGCCUUUAUACCCCAAAAAUAUUAAAGAAAUGAAAAUUUGUCGGUUUUGGUUAGAAAAAUUAUUUUUAUGUUUUUUUGAAAAUGCUGAAUUUAAUUGUGUUAUAUUUAAUCCAAAAUUAAUUGAAUUAUUAUUUAAAGAAGAAAAAAAUUUAAAUAAUCUCCUAAAUAUCAACAAAGCUCUAAUUUGUUAUUCCAAUCCAAAUUACGAAAAUGAGGCUUUAAAUUUUAUUUUAAAUAAUUUGACAAUUAAUGAAUUUUUAAAAAUUGAAUUUGACGGAACAGACAAUUUUACUCAAUAUAAAAAAAUUAUUUUAAAUUUAAUUUUAAAUGAAAGAAGGAAAUUUAAUCGGAUUUUGAUUAAUGGAUUUAAAACAACACAGAAAAAAUUAUUUUUUGGGACUUCUUUUUUGGAGCCAAUGUUUUCUGGGGCUCCUCAAAAUUCUUCUAUUGAUUCGGAAAUUUUUGAUUUAAUAAUUAGGGUAAGUAAAUUAAUUGAGAAAUAA